AGACAAUAGGGUUGGCUUAUAAAAAUUGGAAAGAAGUCAACCAGACUCUGAAAAAUCAAGUUUGGAAAGACAUUCAGGUAAGCUAUUAUUUGUUAGAAUUUUGAUUUGUUUUUCUAUUACUCCAAAUGUUGACUCUAACCGUGUUUGUUUUCCUUCAAAAUAGACGGGGUUCAUUGUGCCGGACACCUUCAAACAUGAUUGUCUCAUCCUAGCUGGGAAGUUAAUGAAAGACUUCAAGAAUAGGAUGACAAAAGACAUCAUAAUGCCCGCGUUGAAAGAGAAUGAUCUGGGACGACUGGCACAAGUCCCUGAAAAGCACCCGGAGAUCGACGCUGCUGAUUGGUGCAAAUUUGUUGAAAGUAGACUAACUCCUGAAUUUCUGGAAUUGAGUAAGGUGCAACGUGAACGUUCCUCAAAAAUUCAAUCCAGACAUCGAAGUGGUCGGAGUGGAAUGGUGAACGUACGGGAAGCUGUGAAAAAGGACCUCGAAGUUGCAGAUCCUCCCCGCCACCGUGUUUGGAUUAAAUCUCGCACCAAGAGUAGAAAACUUGUCACUGAUUACGACAAGGAAAUUGCCGAGAAGAUAGCUCAAUUAGAGGAGAAGCUUAGUCAGGGACAAAUUCAGGUCCAGGGCCAAAACGAUAUCCUCACGCGAGGACGCUGA